CUCACUUGGCUGUUUCUGUAAGCCUGGCUUCCUAGGGCUGGCGCUUAGUCCUAUCUCAUCAUUGAAGCAGCAAGAUGGGAGAACCCCUUUGACUCAAGGAAGACAAACACAAUUUUAGGCAGGUGAAAUGUUGCUGCGCAGUCUUUUAGUGCUUUCUCUAGCACUUACUGGAGUAUAUACUAACAAAUGUGGGGAUACUUCUACUCCUGAAAAGAAGCAGCACAUUGUAGACAUGUUGUCCUGCUGGAAUGAGAAUGCAGCAAACACUGAGACACCAAACCACAGCUAUCAAUAUAGAAGCUGCAAGGACGUUAAGAGUCAUGAUACAAAUGCUAAAGAUGGAAUAUACAUGCUGAAAACUGCUGAUGGGCUUUUCUAUCAGACCUACUGUGACAUGACAACCAAUGGUGGAGGUUGGACAUUGGUGGCAAGUAUUCAUGAAAACAAUAUGUAUGGUAAAUGUACAGUGGGAGAUCGUUGGUCCAGUCAGGAGGGAGACAACAUCAACAACCCUAAAGGAGAUGACAAUUGGGCCAACUAUGCCACAUUUGGUUUUCCUGAUGGUGCAACAAGUGAUGAUUACAAGAAUCCAGGAUAUUAUGAUAUUGCUGCUAAGGACUUGGGCUUAUGGCAUGUUCCCAACAAGACACCUUUGUCGAAGUGGAAAGAAACAUCUAUACUAAGAUAUCGCACAGACAAUGGCUUCUUUUCUCAACAGGGGGGUAAUCUUUUCCAGCUCUUUAAAAAAUACCCAGUGGUAUUUGAUGCCGGAGCCUGCCUCAAAGAUAAUGGGCCCGCUGUUCCUGUAGUGUAUGACUUUGGAAGCGCUGAGAAGACUAAAUCAUAUUAUUCACCCAAUGGAGCAAAAGAGUUUGUUCCUGGUUUUGUCCAAUUCCGGGUUAUGAAUCACGAAAGAGCUGCCCUGGCUCUGUGUGCAGGAGUGAAGGUGACAGGAUGCAAUGUAGAACAUCACUGCAUUGGUGGUGGAGGCUACAUUCCAGAAGGGCUUCCUAAGCAGUGUGGGGACUUUGCUGCGUUUGACUGGGCUGGGUAUGGAACACAUACAGGAUGGAGUUCCACCAAAGAGAUAACUGAGGCAGCUGUUCUGCUCUUCUAUCGUUAGUUUCAUGACAUAUUUUAUGCUCAUUUUUUUAUGUUUUGUAAAGCUAGAAUAAACUGUAUUUCUAAAAGUAAA